CACACACUCUCUCUCACCUCUCCCACCAACCCACAUCUAGAAGCUCUCUCUCUCUCUCUCUUUAUAUAUAAGGCCACAUCAAGGAGUCCUAAGGGCCGGCCUUGAUGCUCAAGCACACCAAGCAAGGUUGGGCAUUGACACAAUCACUAUAAUCAAUUGUACCCCAUAAAAAGAAUGGUUUUACAAAAUUAAAGGAGGAUCAUAUUCAUAGUACAAGUUUGGUGGGCAUGGGAAGGUCUCCUUGCUGUGAGAAGGCUCACACAAACAAAGGCGCAUGGACUAAAGAAGAAGACGAUCGGCUCGUGGCCUACAUCCGCGCCCACGGCGAGGGCUGCUGGCGCUCCCUCCCCAAGGCUGCCGGCCUCCUCCGCUGCGGCAAGAGCUGCCGCCUCCGCUGGAUCAACUACCUCCGCCCCGAUCUCAAGAGGGGCAACUUCUCCCAACAAGAAGACGAACUCAUCAUCAAACUUCACAGCCUUCUCGGCAACAAGUGGUCUCUUAUAGCGGGGAGGUUGCCAGGGCGGACAGACAACGAGAUCAAGAACUACUGGAACACGCACAUCAGAAGAAAGCUCGUGAGCCGAGGAAUUGAUCCGACGACGCAUCGCCCCAUGAAUGAGGCUUCAGCAUCUCAACAAAGCAAAGAAGAGAGUAGUGAAAAGUGCCCAGAUUUGAAUCUUGAUCUGAGAAUCAGCCCUCCACAUCAGCAGCAGAAGCAAGAAGCCUUCAAAAUGGGCACGAGUAGUAGUACCUUGUGCUUCGCUUGUAGUCUCGGCAUCCAAAAUAGCAAAGAUUGCAGCUGCACAAAUGCUACUAAUUCUCGAUAUGAUUUUUUAUCUGGAGUUUUGGAUUGUAGAAGAUUGGAGAUGAAAUGAACCGUCUUAGGAGUAUUUCAUUUCGUUUAAUUAACACUUAUUAAUCUAGGUACAUCCCACUAUUUUUCCUACUGUAAAUGUAUUGAUCACGACCAAUUUAAGGCACAUUUUGCAGAGAUAUUA